GGGUUUGAGAUGUGACUCAACCUCAGGGUUUCUUUGUUUUGGUCGUCGUUCCUUAUUUGGAAUUAGAGAGUAAGGUUGAGAUAGAGAUAUGGAAGGCCAAAACCCAAGUGGGUCAUUUUCUGGUGUCUUUAGAAAGCUGAAGCCUUACUUGGCCAUGAUUUCCUUACAAUUCGGCUACGCCGGCCUACACAUCGUCACCGUUCUUUGUCUCAAGGGUGGGAUGAACCACUACGUGCUUGUUGUCUAUCGCCAUGCGGUUGCAACCGCCGUCAUUGCCCCCUUCGCUUUCUUGCUAGAGAGGAAAGUGAGGCCGAAAAUGACAAUCUCUACAUUCUUGAAGAUAAUGUUGCUGGGUUUACUUGAGCCUGUGAUUGAUCAGAAUCUUUAUUACGUGGGGUUGACAUACACAUCUGCAACUUUUGCAUCUGCGUUGUUUAAUAUCCUUCCUGCCAUAACCUUUAUCAUGGCAAUCAUCUGCAGGUUAGAGAAAGUGAAAAUUAAGGAGUUGUCUAGCCAAGCUAAGGUUGCUGGAACAGUACUUACGGUAGCUGGAGCGAUGGUCAUGACAGUGUAUAAGGGCCCCAUCUUAAACUUAUUAGGAUUGAGACACGUGCACCACGAAACCGCAAGCAUGGGAGCUGAUCAGAACUGGCUCAAAGGGACUUUCAUGAUCAUUGGCAGUUGCACCGGUUGGUCUGCCUUCUUCAUAGUGCAAUCAUUCACACUAAAGGCGUACCCAGCGGAGCUAUCGCUGACUGCGUUGAUAUGCGUGAUGGGCAUGGUGCAAGGGGCUGCAGUGGCUCUCGUGAUGGAACGUGGUGCUGCUGUAUGGUCCAUCGGAUGGGACACGAGACUCCUUGGUCCCGUAUAUUCGGGUAUAGUAUGCUCUGGCAUCGCUUACUACGUGCAAGGAAUCGUGAUGAAAGAGCGUGGCCCAGUUUUUGUGACUGCUUUCAACCCUCUGUGUAUGGUCAUCGUCGCUGUCUUGGGGUCUCUCAUCCUCUCCGAGGAACUACGCUUAGGAAGGGUAAUCGGUGCCAUUAUCAUAGUCAUCGGUCUUUAUUCUGUUGUGUGGGGCAAAAGUAAGGACCCCUUGGAAUCAGCACCGUCAGUUGAUAAGAAGAAGGGUGCACUUGAGUUACCAACGGCUAUGAUCGAUGUUGGGAAAACCACUUCCCAUGAUCACCUCACUGGGGGGAUUGUGGUGGAGAAUCCACCAAGGGACACUCUGUCAUUGAAAUAGUAAUGUUAUGUUGAGGGAGUUAAAAAAGAAAAAGGCUUUCUAGAUGUUUUCUGAUUGCAUGUGGCAAAUCAUAUAUGGUUUCGGGGAUUUUAUGAAAAUGUGCUGCUCUUCUCUGCUCUGCUA